ACGAAAAUGGCGGACGACUUCACUCGUAUGUCGUUAGUGGGUCUCUUUGUAUGUUUUCUUCUGUUAACAUGGCGAGAUUUAUCAGGGAAUGAACAACAAGUCAAUGCACAAAAGGAUAUAAAAGCGCCAAAGUUUACAAAAUUUGCAGGACCCACGAUAAAGUUUCUUUUCUGCUAUUCCUGAGGGUACAGGAAGGUCUUUGACCAGUAUGCUCACGCCAUCCAUGAGCGCUUUCCCGCUCUGACGGUUGAAGGGGACAAUUUCCCGCCUCCUCCUGUCAGAUCUAUGGGCGCUCAAGUUUUAAAUAUCCUAAAAUUAGUUUUGAUUGGUGUCAUUGUGGCUGGUUACAAUCCGUUCCCCUCGAUGAACAUAGAGACACCAGCCGUUUUUAACUGGGCUUUAGAAAAUAAGAUAUAUGCAUGCUUGAUGAUUUUUUUUAUUGGCAAUGCUAUUGAAGGACAACUUAUAUCAACGGGGGCCUUUGAAGUCGCAUUUAAUGAUGUUCCCGUUUGGUCAAAAUUAGAGACGGGUCGUAUACCCAACCCUCAGGAGAUGUUCCAGAUCAUAGAGAACCAGAUGAGGCUGAAUGGAGGAGUGCCGCAGUAGUGAAUUCUGUCUGCCUGGGGCAGCUCGCUGAGUUCAAAUUGACGUGGUGAUUCUGUGGAGACCACUGAGCUGACUUUAUGACGGCCAGGACUGAAAGCAGUCUUUAAUCUGUAUGUCCUGACCUGAGGCCCUGUCAAGCAAUGUGGACUGAGCAGAGUUACCUGCCUUGAUUUGAUCUCAACAAGCCAUCGCAGUGAGGGAGCGCUGCACUAAUGAACGAAGAGGAAAUGUACGAUUUAUGAAAAUGUCAAGAUUUUUUUUUUGGUGAUACUAUUAUUAUACAGAUCAGUUAGUUUGUGUACCUGUAGGUGAAAUGAUCAGUCAGUUUGUUUACCUGUAGGUGAAAUGGAUUGUGAAACGAUCUGUGUCAAAAAUGCAAGAAAACCAAGUUAAAUUGUAUAUUGUCUUUUAGAGCGGAACUAAUCAGAGUUAUGAUGUCAGUAACAAAGUUAGUCUAUGUUGUUUUUAUGUAAAUAUUCAUUGUGCAAUUGUGGUUUUGAACAGUAAUCAACAGUCCCACAUAUUUUGCCUUUACCACUAUCUGGUUAAUUUAUGAAUAUCUUGUGAACCUGGUUAGUUCAGUUGUAUUGCCAAACAAGGCAUACCUCAGAACAGUUUCAACAGUUUAACCCUCCGCUUAUCAUGUUGUUGUACAGGUAUUCAAGGUACGAGUUAGUGAUGUCACUAUUAUUUGUGCAAUUGGGUCACACUUAGGUAACAGACAUUUUACAGUUUUGAGAAAGUAAACCAUGGACCUUGGUCGGUUUCAUGUAUAUCUUCAUUCAGAUGGGUUAAUUGGACAAAUAACAUUGAUGUCACGCGCUACUCAUAGCAUGAAAACCCAUGGCUUAUCCUCUCUAAUACUCGGUUAGUUUGAACCGAGUUUGAUGACUGCAUAAAGUUACAAUGUUUAUUUACUAACGGUCAGAAUGAAAAUAUAUCUGCAAAUAUUAAGAAACAAAAUGCUGUAAUGCAGUAAAGGACCUGUUAAGGUUACCUUUCUGACUGUGCCCACUUUAGCAUUCCAUCACUAAAGAAGUCAAUUCAUCUCUAGCCAUCUGAAAUUGGGGAAAAUGCUCUAAUUUUGAGAUGAAAUCCAAAUCUUUAUAGUCUCAGACUGAACUCUUUCAAUCUAUGGUACAAGUAUAUGUUGUGUUUUGAUGGUUUCACUGGAUUAAAAACAAUUGUGAUCCAUGUGCUUUGUUCAUGUUACGUCCUGUUUUGGUCAAUGGGUUUAAGGAUUGCUGUUUAAACUGUGAGGUCACCCUAUGGAAUUUGUCAUUAUUUCACCAGCCUGUUAAUUUUCCUCAGAGGGCAUUGUUUUGAUGAUGGAUUUAAAAACGAAUAAUCUUACCUCUAGGAAUCUUUUAAAUCCUUAAUGUUUUCUACGCAACUCGUUGUCAUGGUGAUUUUUAAGAAAAGAUUUGAAUAAAUAUUCUAAAGAUGUAAAUAACGACAUUUCCUCCACCUGGUCAUUCGUUUCGAAAUGAUGAACUCUGGUGUACAUGUAUUUUAUAUGCCCACAUUUGAUGUGCGGAAGAAAAAGAAUUAACAUUUGUCUCCUGAAAAUGUCUGUAAUGUGAUAAAUAAAGAUACGUAAAAAAAUUCU